AUUCGUAUAUCAAAGGAUGGAGAAGUGCGGUGCAUGAAUUGGUCAGGAUUAUAAGUGAUACGGUGAUAACAGGACGUCGGUUUAAAUUGAGAAAUACUUCGAUAGGGAGACAAAAUGAGUAAACUUUUCCGAUCGAAAACAAACGAUUUCGAGAACGAAGCGUUAGAGGUACACAAUGAAUACAGAAGAGAACAUGGAGUACCACCGCUAGUUCUAAAUAAGGACAUCUGUAAAAUAAGUCAAAAAUGGGCAGAAGAACUGGCAAAGAAUGAUAGUAUGUCCUAUAGUCUUAAUCAAGCUUAUGGAGAGAGUGUAUACUGCGGAUGGUCACCAGAUCCUAAUACGAAAAUAAAAGCAAAAGAUUGCGUAGAUAGAUGGUACAGCGAGAUUAAUGACUAUUCCUUCGGUAAAGAGCCAGAAGUAUUAACUUGUGGCCAUUUUACUCAAAUCGUUUGGAAAGAUACAAAGGAACUUGGCAUUGGUCAUGCUAAAAGUAAAUCUGGAAAAUUAUACGUGGUAGCCAAUUACUACCCUCCUGGAAAUUAUAGCGGUCACUUUAUGAAAAACGUUCUCCCACCAGGAGCUUUUCAAUUUAAAUCUACCUAUAGUUAUAGUUCAUCUAGUUCUACCCGGGAAUCUAAUAACAAUCUAGAGAUACCUUUUACUAGAAAUAAUAGUUCCGGACCACCAUCACCUUCUUCUCGAAGUAGCAAAAACCUCAGCGAAUACGCUACAGAACUGGUUACCAAAAUCAAAUCAUUCUCGAUUUCAACAGAGAAAUUCGAAGAAGAAUUUUUACAAGCUCAUAAUGAUUACAGAAAAAAACAUCGAGUGCCACCAUUAGAACUUAACAAAAAACUAUGUAAGAACGCAGAAGAAUGGGCUAAGGCUCUUUCGAAGAAGGGAAGAGUAGAACACAGUGACCAAAAUGAAUAUGGCGAAAACAUAUUUUACGCUUGGUCUUCUGACUCAUCUUUCACGAUUUCUGGUAAAGAUCCUGUGGAUAAAUGGUAUAGUGAAAUAAAAAACCACACAUUCGGUCGAGAACCCGAUGAUUUAAGUUCGGGACAUUUUUCGCAAGUUGUUUGGGAAGGUAGUAAGGAAUUAGGCGUGGGUAUUUCGAAAACAAAAGAAGGACAGAUUUAUGUGGUAGCGCAUUACUAUCCACCUGGCAACAUAAUUGGAAGCUUCACUACCAACGUUCGCCCACCUGUUUAUUGAAUUACGAAGCUAAGUUAAAUAAUGAAGUUAUAAAUUUCCGCCAAAAAUAUUUGACAUUCCAAAGAAUUAAGUUAUUAAAUAGCUUAAUGUAUUAAUCCAUAUCAUAGUAUCGUUAUAACUAUUUCUAUUAUUUUAGUUCUGUAAGACGUUAGUGUUUUAUUGCUUUCUAAAAUUUAUAGAAUGAUAAAUUUCGUACUUGCAUCUGUUGUUUAUCAUAGGAAGUAGAUAAUAGAAUAUUUUCUAUUAUUUUAAGGUAAAUAAAAUUAUACUUCAGCAAAUUUAAUUCAUAGUUUCUUUGUAAUUGUAACUAGUAAUACAAAAAAAGAAUAAAAUCGACUUGAAUUUCUAAGUUUAUCUACGUAUUAUUAUUAUUUUUUUGUACGCUGAUAUAUACAGUUUUACCUUCAUUACACCAAAUAACGAUUUGUUGAGUAGUGCAUUAGUAACUGAGUAUAAGAGUUAAAAGUAUGUAUUUCAAAAUACAAUUUUAAUUUUGUAGUUUCUAAACUACAGUAAGCCUAUUUGUUCUGUAGUAUUGAUAUUAAACGCAUUUGAUGUAUUUUUACCAUAAAUUAUAUAAAAAUGGUUGUAAUUUUAAAUAAAUAAAAGACAGCAAUAAAAUGAAAUUAUGAAAGCAAUAUGUGGCGCUAUUUAUUUCCGAAACCGAUGGUAAUGUGGGUAUUUACGAUUCUAUCUAAAAGGCUGAAAGUGUACAAAUAUUAUUUUUAUGUGAUCAUUGACUAAUGAAUAGCAACUACGAGGACAAGAUUUCCAAUCUUAGCGAGGAAUUCGUUUGAUAACUUUUUUUAUCUUUCGAUAUUUUUUUUUUAAUACAAAAUGCCAAAUACGAUUAUUUUGACGAAGGGUUUCGAUAAAUUUGUCAUUACGUCAUUCGUUUGCUCGUCGAAUGUCGAAAAUCUGUGGAAAUUGUAACGUGGACGUAAGGUAUGAAUAAAUAUAAUUUUUUGUUUUA